CAAAAGAUUUUCCCUUUCCCUCCCUCUAUCAACCCUGAACCAACCCCUACUACUGCAACUUCACUUCUCUUUCCCUUUUUUCCUUCUACACUCUGCCCUUCUUCUUUCCUCUUCUCUGCAACUGCAAUCAAAGCAAACGUCUCAGCAGCAAGCAACCCAUCACAACACCAGAAGCAUUUAUCCAUGCUUCACUUGCUCAUUUAUUGUUUGCUUGAUAUCUCUCUCACCUACUAAUCUUCCUCGAGCUCUUCAACAGUGAAGUCUCCCAUCCCACCAUAGCCCCAUUUCUUCUCGUAUCUUCUUACCUCUGAUUGCUGGUUCAGAAAACCGAAAUCUUCACUUCACUUCACUUUCGUGUUUUGGUUCUUUCUUUUACUCUGAGAAACAGAGCGAAAAAAAAGCAUCUUUAUUACAACACAAACACAGAAACACAAAAACAGAGCACCCUGCUCUGUUUUCUGUUCCUUUUUUCCGCUACUCUGAAGAUGCAAAGCUUCAGGGCUACAGCGUCAUCAUCCCACCAUCAUUAUCAUCACCAUCAUCACGAUACCAUUCCUUCUACUGUUUUCCAUACCUCUGAAAUGUACUGCAACUCCCCUGUUCCGCCACCUCCUUACUUUUUCCGAGGAGGAGGAGGAGGAGAAGAAGAUGAAGACUGUAGAAGCCAAACCCGGUUUGGUGACCUUGGGGAGCUUGAUCAUCCCCAACCAACAACAACCCACUCUCUCCCCCCACCUCCUUCUGCUUUCCAACACCACCAUGCUGUUGAUUUAAGCCCAAGCUCCAUGUUCAGUUCAAAAUCAGGAAACAAUGUCGCCCUCGCCCAUGGAAGCAACACCAGUUUACAUUUCGCUUCGCCAUUGAUUACGACUGGGAUCGGAGAGGUUGCAGCGGCAGGGUGUUUGGACACAGGGCAAUACCUGUACGGGAGAGCGACAUUGUUGGGGAACGAGCAGCAGAAUAACAACAACAAUAGCAACAACAGUAGUAGGUGUGGUGGUAAUCUCGAGAAGUGGGGGGAUUCAAUUUCAACCUCGACCGGGAUGGGUGCAGGAGGAGGAGGAGAUACGAGCCAGCAGACUACUGACACUUCCACAGAUGUCGAUACUGAUGAAAGAAACCAAUUUCACCACCAGCAGCAGCAGCAGAUUGGUGAUGGUGGCCAACAUGGCUCAAUUUUGGUGGUUGAUUCCAUGGAUCAAUCCAAGGGCAAAAUCGAUGACCAAAAGCAGACUCUUCGAAGGUUGGCUCAGAACCGGGAAGCAGCCAGAAAGAGUCGCCUGAGGAAGAAGGCUUAUGUCCAGCAGCUUGAGAACAGUCGCUUAAGGCUUACCCAACUCGAACAAGAACUACAACGUGCGCGCCAACAGGGAAUUUUCGCCGCCUCCACAGGUGCAUCGGUGGACUACCAUGGCCACUCAGUAUCAGGAAAUGGAGGCGGUGGUGCGAUGGCAUUCGACAUGGAAUACGCACGAUGGAUCGACGAGCAUCAGAGGCUGAUCAACGAGUUGAGAACCGCCGUGAACUCCCAGAUGGGCGACAACGAGCUCCGCAUUCUAGUCGACGGCGUCAUGGAUAACUACGACGAGAUAUUCAGGCUGAAGAGCAUCGCGGCCAAGGCCGAUGUUUUCCACAUGCUCUCCGGCAUGUGGAAGACUCCGGCCGAGAGGUGCUUCAUGUGGCUGGGUGGAUUCCGCUCUUCUGAACUACUCAAGAUACUAGGGAACCAGCUGGAGCCUUUGACGGAUCAGCAGCUAGUGGGGAUAUGCAAUCUGCAGCAAUCAUCUCAGCAGGCCGAAGAUGCUUUGUCGCAAGGGAUGGAAGCCUUGCAGCAAUCCCUCGUCGACACGCUCUCUUCGUCGUCCCUGCGAUCAGCUGGCACUGGUAAUGUGGCGGAUUACAUGGGCCAGAUGGCCAUUGCUAUGGGAAAGCUUGCCACGCUGGAGAAUUUCCUUCACCAGGCUGACCUUCUGCGGCAGCAGACUCUGCAGCAGCUGCAUCGAAUCCUGACGACUCGGCAGGCUGCUCGCGCCCUGCUCGUGAUCAGCGACUACACCUCUCGGUUAAGGGCACUGAGUUCUCUAUGGAUGGCACGACCAAGAGAUUGAUAGGUUCAUAAAAAAAGAACGUUUUGGUGUGUGGGGGGGAAUGAUGGGACAACUGGUUUUGGAUUCCUCAGAUUUUGUUUCUGUUGUCAUUUCUCCAGUUGUCUGGAUAUGUUUAGUACAAGAGAAGAUUACUGUAGAAUUUGCAGGCCGAACACUUAUAAUGCACUAAUGUAAUGUAGGUUGAAUGACAAUUCACACUAAUUUACGGACGAAAUUGACGCUCUUGUUAUUGAGAU